CAACUCUCCACUGAUACUGGUCCCAUUUGUACCAAGUCCAGUCCAAAAGUAGACUAGAUGUGAUACCAUGUAUCCAUUAGCCGAUGGCUGUAUGGCAAUGGCUGACGGGUCCGAGUCCCUCCACCAGUUCAGUUAUUUUCGGUUUCCCCCUGGCGGUCCUCUUUAUCCGUCUUUUCUUCUUGUCCUCAUGGCCGGCCAUCUGUGAUCAUUCGCUUCUUGAACGUAUAAUUUUAGGUUUGACACCUAUUCUUCGCCAAGCACUAGCCAAGACUUAACCGUCCAUCCACCGCGUCGGGAAUACCCCUCCACAUAAUGUCGUUGAAGUCCAUCCCGAACAUGUCCCAAAGGGCUUACGAGAGCCUCGACCAAGAGGACCCCUUGAGCGGCCGCACCAAGGCCGACUACAGCCACGACGAGAAGGACGUCCCCUACUGGCCGAGGUUCCAAAACGAUGGGUCUCUGACGCCUCGGACCGAAAAGUACCGCGCCCGGCUCGGCUCGUUUGCGCGGGUCGCCAACACGGUGCUCCUCGUCGUCAUCGCCGGUCUGCUGGCCGCCCUGCUGUGGCGCGAUGGCAGGUCGCGGGCGUCGCUGCAGGUCGGAGGGGAUUUCGGUGGUGCCGGGCCUCAAUUCGGCACUAAAAUCACCAAGUGGGACGCCGACGAAGCUUAUGUUCCCAAGGACCCGAACGAGUUCUUUUCCAAAAAGACGAUUGACCAAUGGAACACCAUGAUGCCUGCGGGUAACGGUUGGCGACAGGACGAAAACAUAACCUUCUUCACGACCUCGAUGACGCACCAGCUGCACUGCGUGUUCAUGAUGGCCAGGAUAUAUGCAGCGCUGCAGCCCGGCGUCAACCGGACCCUCCCGGAGGAUUACCAGUCUCACUACCUACACUGCAUCGACUACCUUCGCCAGGCGAUCAUGUGUGCGGGCGACGUGGCCAUGGAGCCGCACUCGCCGACCGACGCCGACGACAAUGGGCCGGGGGACGGAAGCUGGGCGGGAUAUCAUGUCUGCAAGGACUACAGCCAGGUGACGAACUAUAUCGAAGGCGAAAUCAGAGAUGGCGUCAGGACUGUGCUUCCCAUCGACGACUAAUGCAGGGCCUUGAGCAUCUACAAGGUUUGAAGAUGGACUUUUAAUCUGUAUGAUGGAUUUGUCAGACCUCGGGUAAAUCAAUUAAGGUUUUCUUUUUGGCA